CAAUUUUCUUGUCCUUUAUGCCAUAUCCCCGCCAUUCCCCUCGUGUUUGCGGCUUUCGCUCGUUGUUGGACCAUUUGUGACUAGAAUUCGACGUAGCCGGCGCCUUCUCGACUUGAAACAAGGCCUCGUGACGGGCUCGAAACAGAUAAGACUAUAACCAACCGACUUCCGCCGACGCCGAGCUCAGCUCGUCCAGGGACCCGCUUGAACUUCAGUACUUUUCCUGCAAUCGCCCACUUUCAAGCAUACCCAAUCUCGUUAAUUUAGCACAAUGCCUUUCUGGGGAACGAAGUCCUCUCAACCUGCGUCGGAGAGCGACGCUAACUCUGCGCAUGACGCAAUCGAACACAAGAACGACCCCGUUGCGUCGGCCUCGCAGGCGGCUGGCACGGCGUGGCUCGCUGGCCAUCUUCACCAUCUGACUGACGACCAGGAGAAGAAGCUGGAAGAAUUCAAGAAACUGUGUGAAGAGAAGGGAUACUACAAGCCGGAACGGGAUGGAGAGAAGGCGAGCCAUGAUGAUGCGACGAUGCUGCGCUUCCUUCGCGCGCGCAAGUUCGACGUUGAUGGCGCUUGGGGCCAGUUCAAAGACACCGAGGACUGGCGCCGGGAUAAUGCCAUUGAAUCGCUUUACGAGAACAUUGAUGUGGAAUCCUACGAUGCUGCCAGGAGAAUGUAUCCGCAAUGGACCGGUCGUCGAGACCGCCGCGGUAUUCCCGUCUAUGUUUUCGAGAUCAAGCAUCUGAACAGCAAGAACAUGGCCGCAUACAACGAGACCAUGUCCUCUUCUACCUCUACGGCCGAGACGCACCAAUCCUCCACGGUCCCGCAGCGUCUCCUGCGUCUGUUCGCUCUUUAUGAGAACCUCCUCAACUUUGUUAUGCCUCUGUGCUCGAAGCUUCCUCGUCCUAACCCGGAAACCCCUAUUGUCACAUCUACCAACAUCGUCGACGUUAGUGGCGUUGGACUUAAGCAAUUCUGGAAUUUGAAGGGUCAUAUGCAGGAUGCUAGUGUUUUGGCCACUGCUCAUUACCCGGAGACCUUGGAUCGGAUCUUCAUCAUCGGCGCACCCUCUUUCUUCCCUACCGUCUGGGGUUGGAUUAAGCGCUGGUUCGACCCCGGCACCACCUCGAAGAUCUUCAUCCUCUCCGCCGCCGAAGUAAAGCCCACCCUGACAUCCUUCAUGGACCCGUCCAGCAUCCCCAAGCAGUAUGGCGGCGAGUUGGAAUGGCAGUGGGGUGACAUGCCUUAUCUCGACGAGGAGGCCCGUAAGGUCGUCGGGGUACUGGAAUCUCCUCCCGCUGAGGGAGAGACCAAGCCCAACUUCAUCAAGGGUCCAGUCCUAUUUAAGGGCGACCACGUCGAAAUCCUCGGAAAGGUGAACGGCGAGAGCCGCAAGUCUAACGUCCCUGUUGGCGCAACUCCAGCUCAAUCAAACAACAACACCUCCCCCGUGCAGGUUGAAAAGCCCACUGAGCAGGAGAGCUCGGAAGGCAGCGAGAAUGAGAAAGUUCCUCUGCAAGAGCCGGCUCCCGCAUCGGAGACUGAGACGCAAACAGUGACUGCUUAAGUCAUUUGUUUAAUUACUCUUCCGAGCCCACUUUUCACUGAUUUUUUUUUUCUUCCCUUUCUUCGUCGAAGGUACUACUAAUAGAACCCAAGCCACGGCGCCAGCGGUUAUCCGAUUUAUCUAUCAUUACCCUUUUCCUACUGCAACCUACCUACCGUUCUAGAUAAUAUACCACUUUUCUACACUUUCCCCCUCACAUCUUUCAUUGUCCUAUCCGGGCUUGAACAAAUAUCAUCGUUGUCUUAUAUACUGCAUUUCUCAUAUUGUCAUUUUUCAGGAUCUGUCAUAGGUGUAACUUGGGUGUGUGUGCAGCAGCCAUCAUCGUCAUAGAAAGAUGCAUGUUUUUCGGGCUUUAUUUAUAUACUUAUGGUCAUUCUCAUACUUUAUUCAAGCUCCUACCAGUUGGCUUCCUCACUGUACUGAUCGGUUUGUUGAUAACCAUAAGAGAUCCAGUUGCAUUAGUAUUCUUGGAUGAAUUUGGGAUUGGUUUUCGCUUUAUAAAAUCCCCGCUGAGAAAGUUCGAUCUACCUUUUUCAGGUCAAAUUUUUAGUGUGAAAGAGGCGGAUAGACGAAUAUCUGCAAUUAUGAAGUGCCAUAUAAUCUAUUCUGGCUCAGAAAGAUCUAGGACUACAAGUAUACAAUGGAUUCGAGUUUUAUUAGAGA